AUGAGUGAUAUGCCAUCAUCAAAUGCUGGUUCUCCUACUGGUCUUUGUACUCCAACCACUCCUAGUACUCCAGAUGUCUCUAUUGGGUCUCCUAGUUGCUCAUCAACAUCUGUUCGGUUGGUCAUCUCAGUUGUAGCGGAAAAAUUCGUUCCUAAUGGUCAUUCUAUCUCGAAGACCAUCACAGAAACGUUCAAGGAAAAACAAGAUGCUACUGGCUACUCAUGGAAGGAUGUCAGUCAAUCAACUCGUAAAUUUUAUUGGCAUGAAUUUUUGAAAUCAUAUCAGUGGAAUCCUACUAAGAAUUCUAUAAUGGAACGUACAUGGAAUAAGGUGGCAUCCACUUUAUACUCUAAGAAAAUGUAUAUUUGGCGAAAAGGUACAGUCAAACCUAAUUUUGUUUUGGAGGAUAUUUGGAAAAGUUGGAAGACGCAUUGGGCCUCUGAUGAAUGGAUGGAUAAAUCUCGUAUCGCCACUCGAAAUCGAUGUAGUGAGACUAGUGGACUAGGCACUGGUCCAAGCAAGCAUACCGGUGGUUCUAGAUCAAUAGUGGAGCAUACUAUAAAAUUGGCAGUAGAACUACGUUGUCCACCAAAUUCGUGGGAUAUAUUUAAGAAGUUGCAUAAAACAAAGGAUGAAAACUUUGUUGAUGCCAAGUCUAAAUGCAUUAAUGAUAAAAUGGAGGUUGUCUUAGCUGCGGCUAUUUCUAGCUCCUCAGAUGAUUCACAAGAAGUUCAAGAACUCGAUAUAAAUCGCUUAUACUUUGAUGUUGUGGAUCAAAAUUCUGUCACUUCGCGCAAUUUACAUGCGGUGUCUGAUGAUGUUGCUGAAGAGCGCAUUAAACUACUUGAGAAAGAAGUGUUGCAUAUGAGAGAAAAUCAAGAAAGAAUUCUUCAAGAACGUUUAGAGGCAGAGGUGCAACAACGAGUAGAGCACGAGGUCUCGCGUUUGAGGCAACAAAGUGAUGAUUGA